GGCCACCAGCAGGGGCAAGAGGGAGGCGGAGGACCCCGGGGCCUCGCACCACCGGGAGGCCAUGGAGCGCCAGAACGACGCGCAGAUAGACGAGCUGCACGACAGGAUCUCGCAGCUGAAGGAGAUCACCAAGGGCAUCGGCAAGGAGGUCUCGGAGUCCGUGUCCUUUCUGGACAGCAUGGGCAUCGACUUCGACAAGGCCAGCAAGCAGCUCAGAUCGACGGUCUCGCACUUGAAGCUCAUGGUCGAGCAGCGGGGCGGGAAGAACUUGUGCUGCACCGUCUUGCUCGUCCUUGUUGUGUUCUUCGUCAUGUACGUCCUGAGCAGCGCCAGCAGCCCUUCUGGCGCAGGCGCGCUGAGAGGCACCGGCAGCUUGACGCAGAACGCCACCGCCGCGGGCGGCUCCGGCCGGUAGCGCUUGUGCAGGCGUUACCUUUGGACGGCCCGCGGUGGUCUGGCUUCCAGAGUGUGUUUCACCAUUGCUCGCGAGAGCUGUCUCCCCCC